CCAAGGGAUGAGCUUCCGCCAGGCGCUUGGGGAAAGGUAGGCAGAAGCCGGUCGGCACGCGGCUUGUGGAGGUGUUGCUGACGGACCGGUAUCAAAAAGGACGGCAAUCGACAAUCCACCAUUGGCUCUCCAGGUGAGGAACCAUCCAGCCUGUGGCCUCGGGGAUUGAGUUAAUAAAGAAGAAGCUGAGACAUCUCCUCUCAGGACGGGAUUGUACUUCCACUAAUACAUACUAACCAACAGCCAUGCCUUCUGAUUUGGCCAAGAAAAAGGCAGCUAAGAAGAAGGAAGCAGCAAAAGCUCGUCAACGUAAACCUAAGACCACAGAUGCACCUGAGGAAAAUGGUGACAUCGGUGUAGAGAGGGUGGAAAAUUCAGAAAGGCCGCAACUGAAUGGCUCUUCUGUUCAUGAUGCAGGAGUGGCACAAAUUACCAAUGAGCUUGAUGAUUUUGAGCUGAAGAAAGCAGCAGCACGAGCAGUCACAGGAGUACUGGCCUCGCACCCCAACAGCACGGAUGUUCACAUCAUCAACCUGUCACUCACUUUCCAUGGUCAGGAGCUACUCAGCGACACAAAGCUUGAGCUAAAUUCUGGUCGACGUUAUGGGCUGAUUGGUCUCAAUGGAACUGGGAAAUCCAUGCUGCUGUCUGCUCUGGGCCACCGGGAGUUACCAAUACCAGAACACAUUGACAUUUACCAUCUUACACGGGAGAUGCCGCCCAGUGACAAAACACCACUCGACUGUGUGAUUGAGGUGGAUAGGGAACGUAUUGAGCUGGAGAAAGAAGCAGAACGUCUAGCCCACGAAGACUCGGAGUGUGAGAAACUUCUACAAAUCUAUGACCGUUUGGAGGAAUUGGAUGCAGACAAGGCAGAAGUGCGAGCAUCCCGGAUUCUCCACGGAUUGGGGUUCUCACCAGCCAUGCAGCGGAAGAUGAUGAAGGAUUUUAGUGGAGGCUGGAGGAUGAGAGUGGCCCUUGCAAGAGCAUUAUUUAUCAAACCCUUCAUGCUUUUGUUAGAUGAGCCUACUAAUCACCUUGAUUUGGAUGCCUGUGUAUGGCUGGAAGAGGAAUUGAAAUCAUUCUCCCGGAUCCUUGUCCUUGUAUCUCAUUCCCAGGAUUUCUUGAAUGGAGUUUGCAACAAUAUCAUUCACAUGCACAACCGCAAACUGAAAUAUUAUACAGGUAACUACGACCAAUAUGUGAAGACCAGGCUGGAACUAGAGGAGAAUCAGAUGAAGCGGUUCACCUGGGAACAAGAUCAGAUUACACACAUGAAGAACUACAUUGCUCGCUUUGGACAUGGCAGUGCCAAGUUAGCUCGACAAGCUCAGAGCAAAGAGAAGACGCUACAGAAGAUGAUGGCCUCUGGGCUGACGGAGAAAGUCAUCAGUGACAAGACAUUGUCAUUCUGCUUCCCGUCCUGUGGGAAGAUUCCUCCCCCUGUUAUAAUGGUACAGAAUGUGAGCUUCAAGUACACUAAGGAUGGGCCAUUAAUCUAUCGAAAUUUGGAGUUUGGUAUAGAUUUGGACACCAGGGUGGCCCUGGUUGGGCCGAAUGGAGCUGGAAAGUCUACAUUACUGAAACUGCUGGCAGGUGAUCUCUUGCCUUGUGAUGGAAUGGUUCGAAAACACUCACAUGUCAAGAUUGGACGAUACCAUCAGCACUUGCAAGACCAAUUAGAGCUGGACCUGUCCCCUUUGGAGUACAUGAUGAAGUGCUAUCCAGAGAUCAAGGAGAAGGAGGAAAUGAGGAAGAUUAUUGGGCGUUAUGGGCUCUCAGGAAAACAGCAGGUAGGUAUGCUGUGCAUCACAGUUCUGGUCGGGUUGGGGAGUGUGUCAUGGACCCUGGAGGUGAGUGGGUAGUUUCUUUUUGGGGUGGGUGAUGGAAGUGCUAGAGUGCAUGCGCAUAAAUAUCAGUAUAGUCUAAAUCUAUUCUCCAGAGAUAUAAUCUCCCCUUCAAACAACAGUUUUCAAUUUGUGUAAUCCAGAGCCCUACCUGGCAGAAAUCAAGAUGGUUGUGGUGGUUGGAGGUCCUCAGGGAUGUAUCCUUGUUCCACUCAUCUUGAGUGGCUUCAUCAAUGAUCUCCAUUAUAGGUUUAGGAGCGGGGAUGUUUGCUGGUAAUUGCAUAAUGGUCACCAUUUGUGACUCCUUCCAAACCCACAACCAGUUUCGUCUAGAAGAAUAAGGGCAGCAGAAACACGAUCUGUAAGUUCCC